AUGGAUAAAAUCGAUAAUUUAAUUACGUUCUACUUUCUUCUUGGUUUUCAACACUUGGAAAUUAGAUUGUUUUUGUCCAACCAUCACGUUCAAAUCAGUGAAAGGCAGUUAAAACGGCGUCUCCAAAAAUUGGAACUAUUUCGAAGGAAAAAUUACUCCAAUGUUAAUGACAUCAUUGAUUUUAUUUACAAGCAAAUUCAAACAUCUGGGAAUCUUCAUGGAUACAAAUGGAUGCAUCUGCGCUGUAUUCAAUCUGGUCUACGUGUUAAACAGAAAACUGUGCGUCAGUUACUUAAGUUAGUCGAUCCCGAAGGAGUAGCUUGCAGAACUCGAAGAAGGUUACAAAGAAGGCAAUACUCAAAUCGUGGUCCUAACUAUGAUAAAUUGAAACCCUAUGGCAUUUCAAUUAGUGGAUGUAUCGACGGAUUUUCCCGCAAAAUUAUUUGGUUAAAAUCUUCACCUACGUGUAAUGAUCCAAAAGUUAUUGCGGGUUUUUACAUGAAAAGCGUGGAGUUAUUAAAAGGUUUUCCGCUAUCUUUAAGAUCUGAUAUGGGAACCGAAAAUGGAGCAGUUGAAAAAAUGCAAAUUUUUCUUCGCCAACAAAGUACAUUAAGGCUAUCAUCAUUGCCACCAUUUAUCUAUGGUACAAGCCAAGCCAAUCAGCGAAUAGAGUCAAAGUGGUCAAUUUUAAGAAAACACAACUCACAGUAUUGGAUGAAUUUUUUUUUUAAAUUAAAAAAAGAUAGUAAAUUUACUGGUAGUUUUGUGGACAAAUCGUUGAUUAGGUUUUGCUUUUUGCAAAUAAUACAGAAAGAACGGGUUCAAAUUGUGGAAGAAUGGGACUCGCACAAAAUAAGAAAGUCUAGAAAUACAACAUCUUCAAGUGGUAGGCCCUUAAUUAUGUUCAAGUUUCCUGAAAUUUAUAAUGCAGAAAAUCAUUUAGUUGAAGCUGAGAUUGGAAUUAUAAAUGAGUGCCUAGAAGAAUGUAAAUUUCUUCAAGCACCGUGUGAUGAAGAUGUUUACGAAAUGUGCCAAAUUAUGCUUUCAGAACGUUAUAUGAGUAUUAAACCCAAAACCGUAGAUGAAGCUAUCAAUACUUACUUUUUUAAAAACUUAAUUAGAUUUUUUGUUACAGGAUUAACAAUAGUAUUAUUAUGUGUCAUGUUUAUAAUUGUUUUUAUGUAA